UGGCCGAGCCUCCCCCUUCCACUCUCCUCCACCUCCGGAGCCACUGAUCGCCGGCCACAUGGCGCGCCCCCUCGCCGUCCUCCUCGCCCUCGUCUUCCUCUCCUCGGCGAUCCUGACGCUUGCGAACCAGGCCUUCGACGAGACCGACCUCCUCCGGUCCGUCACCGACCGGGUCGACUCGCUCGAGACCUCCCUCCUCGGCGUCCUCGGCCAGACCCGCCACGCCCUCCGCUUCGCCCGCUACGCCCACAGGUAUGGGAAGAGGUACCAUAGCGUGGAGGAGAUCAAGCUAAGAUUUGCGAUUUUUAUGGAGAAUCUGGAGCUGAUUCGCUCCACCAAUCGCAGGGGCCUACCGUAUAAGCUGGGGAUCAACCCGUACGCGGAUUUGAGCUGGGAGGAGUUCCGGGCGAGCCGGCUUGGUGCGGCGCAGAACUGCUCGGCUACGCUGAAGGGGAAUCACAAGAUGACCGAUGAGGCACUCCCGGAAACGAAAGACUGGAGGGAGGAGGGGAUAGUGAGCCCGGUGAAGGAUCAAGGGAGCUGCGGUUCUUGUUGGACCUUCAGCACCACAGGGGCACUGGAGGCAGCUUACACACAGGCGACUGGGAAGGGCAUCUCUCUUUCAGAGCAGCAGCUGGUGGACUGUGCUUAUGCUUACAAUAACUUUGGAUGCAAUGGGGGGUUACCAUCUCAAGCCUUUGAAUACAUAAAAUAUAAUGGAGGCCUCGAUACCGAAGAAUCAUACCCUUAUGCUGGAGUUAAUGGCAUCUGCCACUUCAAACCAGAGAAUGUUGGUGUUAAGGUUUUCAGCUCAGUUAAUAUCACCCUGGGUGCGGAGGACGAGCUGUUGCAUGCAGUUGGACUUGUACGUCCUGUGAGCGUCGCAUUUGAGGUGGUGACUGGUUUCAGGUUCUACAAGGGAGGAGUUUAUACCAGUGAUACCUGUGGAAGGACUCAGAUGGACGUAAACCAUGCUGUUCUAGCUGUUGGUUAUGGGGUGGAGAAUGGCGUUCCAUAUUGGCUCAUCAAGAACUCCUGGGGAGAAGAUUGGGGUGUUGAUGGCUACUUCAAGAUGGAGCUGGGGAAGAAUAUGUGCGGUAUUGCUACUUGUGCAUCCUAUCCUAUCGUUGCUGCAUAGAGCUGCUAUUCAUGGAGAUGGCUUCUAUGGCUGAUUCGUAUGAUAAAGGUUUCAGGAACUUCGCGCUUAAUCUUGAAAAGUGAAUGUGAAAAAUGAAGACAGUGAAUUGGACCUGCAUAAAAAUAUAAGUCAUGAACUUCUAUGAGAAUGCAUGAAUUCAAUUGAGAUCAAUCCUUGUAAACUGUACUCUCAAUCUAUUUAUAGCUUGUCAAAUAUGCCAGUGUUGAUAAAGGCCUGUAUGCUUUUCACUAGUCCGAGUGGCCAUCGCUUGUACUAAUCCUUGAAAUUGUACUAUUUAUAGUAUGUUGAAUAAUGCAAGUAUUUAUAUAGGCCUAUGAGCUUGCUA